AUGGACCAGGAAGAUGCAAAUUAUCACAAUCAAUCCGGGUUAAAUACACUACAAAACAUGAGCCAAUUGCCACAUACUUCAUCGUUAAAUGAUUUUGACUUAAAUGACGAUGAAGAGGCACCUCACGUUCAAGAUUCGAACAUAGCCCGCGUAUUUGAUUAUUUUUUACGCUCAUAUGUACAUUCAAACGUUUCGGAUUUUGAUGAAGGAGAUGAUACAGAUGAUGAAGGAUUAAAUGAUGUCUAUUACCUAACUGGAGAUCACACACAGGAAUUGUACUAUAUGAAGCGUAUAUACAAAUUAAUUCUCAAGGAAUCAAGUUCAACGGAGGUUCUAUCUAUUCAUUUAGAUCAUAUUCUUAAUUGGAACCAUAUUGAACUCGAUACUCCCUUAAAUUUGAAUAUGCAACUAUAUCGCUACCUUGUGAAGAACUUUUUGCGUAUGCAAGAGACUCUCGAGGACGUUUUGCAGACCUUGGUGGAUGAAAUUUCUAAUUCUGUAAGCCGUACAUCACGGAGAUUUUAUCUGCAAUUUUUACAUACUCCCAGCAUCAUUUAUCCGCUGAGAGAAAUAAGAUGUAAUAUGCUAGGGGAGUUGAUAACUAUAAGGGGUCAAGUUACUCGAAUAUCUGAUGUUCGUCCGGAAUUAGUAAGGGGAACAUUUAAAUGCAAGAGCUGUGGAAACAUAGUGAGCGAUGUUAUCCAGCAAUUCAAAUAUACGACUCCUCUUAAAUGUAUCUCUAGCACAUGCCUAAACAUGAGAGAGUGGGAACUUUUGAUGGAUCGCUCAUAUUUUUGUGAUUGGCAAAAGAUAAGGAUCCAGGAAAUUGCACAAGAAGCUGAAUCGGGAUCAAUACCAAGUUCUAUAGAAGUCAUUUUGAGAAACCAUCUAGUGGACAGUCUAAAUGCUGGUGAUCGUGUUGAAAUUUCAGGAUCGUUGAUAGUAUUGCCAGAUGUUCCAACUUUGAUGAAACCGGGUGAGAUCCCAAAAAAAGUGGCAAAGGAAGGAAUACGCCGAUUUGAGUCGUUUUUACUAUCCCAGGGUAUAACAGGUAUUAAAGGAGUUGGUAUAAAGGAUCUUAAUCACAAGCUAUCAUUUCUGGCUACGCAAAUACGCAGGGUUAACCAGUACAAGUCUACAGCUCCUCAAAUGACCGAAACGUUGGAGGACCGUUUAAUUCGUGCAGAGGAUAUUUUAAAUAUACCAGGGUUUGAAUGGAUAAAAGAAAUUGCAACCGGGCCAGAUACCAUUGAGAAAUUGGCCUCUUGUAUAGCUCCAAAGGUUUGGGGUCACAUGGAAAUUAAAAAAGGUAUUUUGCUUAUGAUGGUGGGAGGGGUACACAAAUCUUCUACUAAUAGCAAGUUAAGAGGAGACAUAAAUAUGUGUAUUGUGGGCGAUCCUUCCACAGCUAAAAGCCAGUUUCUUAAAUUUGUUGAAGAUUUUGCCCCUAGAGCCAUUUUUGCCUCAGGAAAAGGUUCAACUGCGGCUGGUUUGACCGCGGCCGUUCAUAAAGAUCCUGACAACGGUGAUUACAUACUAGAAGCCGGUGCUUUAAUGUAUGCAGAUGAAGGAAUUUGUUGUAUUGAUGAAUUUGAUAAAAUGAAUGAGAAGGAUCGAGUGGCAAUUCAUGAGGCUAUGGAACAACAAACAAUUUCUAUUACAAAGGCUGGAAUUCAAGCUAUCUUAAACGCAAGAGCUUCUGUUUUAGCUGCAUGUAACCCUAGAUUUGGUAGAUAUGAUUCUUCAAAAUCCUUUGCAUCGAAUGUGAAUCUUCCUUCACCCCUUUUAUCUAGGUUCGAUCUUUUGUACACUAUGAUUGAUGAGUCUGUUUCUGAUGUGGAUUCUAAAAUAGCAUGGCAUAUAACAAGUUUACACGGUCCAGGUGUUUUCAAAAGUUCCCAGAUACUGUUGGAAGAGAACAGCCGAGAUGAAUCAUACUUUGAAAAUGAAAUAGAAACAUUACUCACGCGUGAUGAGCUUAAACUUUACAUUGAACUCGCUAAAAGAGGUAAGCCUCUAAUACAAGACUCUGCUAAGCAGAGACUCGCCCAGUACUAUGUAGAACUGCGAAACGGUGAUGUACAAACAGGAAAACGCUCUCUAAGAAUGACUGUACGCCAAUUGGAGUCUCUUGUACGUCUUUCAGAGGCUGUUGCAAGAUUGAAGUUUAGCGACUUUGUCGAAGAAUUGCAUGUGGAAGAGGCAUACUCUAUAUUUAGAGCAUCUUUGUCAAAACUUUCUAAUAAAAAUGACAUUCUUCUUGAGCCUAUAGCUUCGGCCCUUAAGGAACAGAAAGAUUCUGCGGAACCAUUAGAUCUGGAUAAAGAAUCCACUAACACCACAGAUAAUUCGUCAUCUGAUAAACCUGCAGACAUAGAAAAUGAUUCCAAUCUUAGAAUAAGUACCAAUGAAUAUGAAGCAAUAAGUGCAGUCAUACUGGACUAUGUUAAUGAGUGUGAACUCGUUGAAAACAUAGUGCGUUCUAAUGAGCUUAUAGAGUGGUACUUGGAAAACAUUUUAGUCCCUACAUCGUCAGAACAGGCCAAUUUAUGGAAUUUGAGGUUGCAAAGGAUACUAUAUAGACUCGUAUACAUAGAUAAUAAGUUGAUCGCAAGUCAUAACCCAGAAGAUCCAGAGAAUGUAUUUAGGUUGCGGGUUCAUCCGAACUAUUUUUCAUCUACACAUCUUUGGUCUAGAGAAAAUUUGAUACCGGGAAAUGACGAUGAUUCAAGUGACGGUGUAGAUUUUUCUAGUUUAUAA